CGGAUAGCUUGAGCUCCAUCGUCCAUUGUUCAAGGUUACCUUCAUCGUGGCGACACAUCACAAGCCUCGAAUUGCAUCUACGCUAAACUCUUUCUGAUGAGCAGCCGCUACAGCGAUGAGAAGCCCACCAUGGCCGACGAGAAUACACCGCUCAUCCAAGUAGUCCAGAUCCGCCCCGCGGUGCCUCGAUAUCCCCACCACUCCAUCCGCCGAGCAUGCACUUUAGUCCUGGCGAUUGUGCCUCUGUUUGUCGUUGCCGCUUUCCUCCUCUGCCUGGCUCUACCUAGUCCUCUUGACGGUGACGAUGGCUCAGAAUGGGCAACCUAUCUCCCGUGGGCUGGAGCUGGCAUCAGCAAGGCCUGGCCUCAGACCGACGGACUCACAUACGAAGGUCUCCAGGACAUAUUGAUCUCGACUCCGAAUGCGACAAAGGCUAGGGAAUGGAGUAAAUACUACACUGCUGGACCGCAUCUUGCUGGCAAGAAUCUAUCGCAGGCGAUUUGGACAAAAGAGAAAUGGCAGGAAUUCGGCGUCUCCAACAGCUUGAUCGUAGAUUAUGACAUCUACGUGAACUACCCUAAAGGCCACCGAUUGGCGCUUCUGGAAAAAGACAAGAAGUCAAAGAGUGAAGAGACCGCAGAUGCUGGUUCCAAGGUGUCAUGGAGCGUAAAAUACGAGGCGGGCUUGGAAGAGAAUGUCUUGGAGGAGGACAGCACCAGCGGACUAUCGAACCGCAUUCCAACUUUCCACGGAUAUUCCGCCUCUGGCAACGUCACUGCUCCAUACGUGUUUGUGAACUACGGGAGCUACAAAGACUACGAGGAACUGCUAGCAGCAAACGUGAGUCUUGCCGGAAAGAUCGCUCUCAUCAAAUAUGGUGGCAUAUUCAGAGGACUGAAGAUCAAACGCGCACAAGAGCUUGGUAUGGUUGGCGCUGUUAUCUACUCCGAUCCAGGCGACGAUGGCGAAGUAACGAAACACAAUGGGAAUUCAACAUAUCCGAAGGGACCUGCGAGAGAGCCGAGUAGUGUGCAACGAGGCAGCGUGGAGUUCUUGAGCAUAGCUCCCGGUGAUCCUACCACUCCAGGCUAUCCAUCGAAGCCAGGCGCCCCACGAAAGCCCGUCGAUACCAUACUACCUAAGAUCCCUUCGAUUCCGAUAUCUUAUGUAGACGCACUGCCACUCCUCAAGGGCUUGAACGGACAUGGACCGAAAGCAUCGUCGUUCAAUAAAUAUUGGCAAGGUGGAGGUCUAGACUACAAGGGCGUUGAUUACAACAUUGGGCCCUCGCCAGACAAUUUGGUCCUGAACCUGGUCAACGAGCAGGAGUACGUUAUAACACCAAUGUGGAACGUCAUUGGCAUCAUCAAUGGCAGUCUUGCUGACGAAGUGGUUGUUCUGGGCAACCACCGAGAUGCAUGGAUUGCUGGCGGGGCCGGCGAUCCGAACAGUGGUUCCGCAGCCUUCAAUGAGGUCAUUCGCGGCUUUGGUGAAGCUCUUAAGGCAGGUUGGAAGCCUCUGCGAACCAUCGUACUUGCAAGCUGGGAUGGAGAGGAAUACGGCUUGAUUGGCUCUACGGAAUGGGUGGAAGAGUACCUCCCCUGGCUAUCAGCUUCAACUGUGGCAUACUUGAACGUUGAUGUUGGUACGACUGGACCACACUUCAGAGCUGCAGCAGCUCCGCUAUUGAACAAGGCACUCAUCGAAGCUGUUGGCCUUGUUUUAUCUCCAAACCAAACUGUUACAAAUCAGACUGUCGGUGACGUCUGGAACGGUCACAUUAGCACGAUGGGAUCUGGAUCCGACUUCACUGCAUUCCAAGACUUCGCAGGAAUCCCGUCCGUUGAUAUGGGCUUCAGCGCCGGGCCGGAUACCGCAGUCUAUCACUAUCACUCGAACUACGACUCCUUCGACUGGAUGGACAAGUACGGUGACCCAGGUUUCCACUACCACGCCACGAUUGCAAAGGUGUGGGCCUUGCUCGCCGCCAAACUUGUUGAGACACCUGUCAUCCAACUCAACGCAACAGAAUAUGCGAAGGGUCUGGCUGGCUACCUGGACACUGUGAAGAGCAAAGCUCUUGCAACCCCGGGAUUCAUCACUGAAGACGACGAAGACUGGACAAAGAAAUCCCUCUUUUACGGCCUCACGAAGUCUAUCAACCGCCUACACAACGUCUCUCUCUCCUUCGACGCCAAGGCUCAAGCAUUGACAGACGAAAUCGCAAAGGACCCCAUUCCUUGGUGGAAAUGGUGGCAGAAAGUGAGACUCUACUAUGCGGUCCGCCGCGUGAACGCCAAGUACAAGUUCCUGGAGAGACAGUUUUUGUACGCGCCUGGCUUGGACGGGCGGAGUUGGUUCAAGCACGUUGUUUUCGCGCCCGGCAUUUGGACUGGCUACGCCGGCGCAACAUUCCCUGGGUUGGUUGAGAGCAUCGAGAAUGAGGACCGGGGCAAUGCUUUUAGGUGGGCUGGCAUCAUUACUGGACUGGUAGAAAAGGCGGCUAGUUCUUUGGAAGACUAGAUCACCCUCUUGGACGAACAGUUGUUGUGUGCAAUCGUUUCGGAACCUUCUUACAUACGAAUCCGUACAUGCCACGUAGAUAUGAAUCAUAUGAACGUUUCAGUUCCCAUAGUACCCAUUUACGUCAGUAACAGUCAAGACCCGCUGCAGUAGUGCUGGUGUUCGGCUCUGGUAUCGUUUGCAUUCGAAGAAAUUCUACGAAACCCUCAAAGCGUCAUUCACUAUAAGAUUCUCGCCUAUCUUGCCCUGUUCCGUAAUGAGUUCCCAACAGCUUAUCUCUAAGAUCUGCGCGUUGCCCUCGAUGUCUUUAGACCACUUUGUAGAAUUCAUUGUGGUCCGCAUAUGCUGGUCCAAGUCGGCGUUGUCGAAUUCGUGGAGUGCCGCAAAGCGCGGCUUGGACCCGUCCACUGUUUUAAAGCGAUUAGAGCGGUGGUAUUGAUGGUGCAUGCUGAGC